CUAACACCACAAUCACCAUCACAGCCAUCACCAUCACUAACACCACAAUCACCAUCACAGCCAUCACCAUCACUAACACCACAACCACCAUCACAGCCAUCACCAUCACUAACACCACAAUCACCAUCACAGCCAUCACCACCAUCACCAUCACUAACACCACAACCGCCACCACAGCCAUCGCCAUCACUAACACCACAACCACCACCACAGCCAUCACCAUCACUAACACCACAAUCACCACAGCCAUCACCAUCACUAACACCACAACCACCAUCACAGCCAUCGCCAUCACUAACACCACAACCACCAUCACAGCCAUCACCAUCACUAACACCACAAUCACCACCACAGUACUGGGAUUAUUCAGGAGGUCCCUGGGCAGAAGUAACUCUGAUUUUCAGCCUGCAGAGGUAUUCCCAAAAAAAGGCCUAG